UGUGUGUGUGUGUGUGUGUCGGCACAGAUAAAAAGAAAAUGUGAUGAAGGUGGGCAAGGACCACCACCGCCUCACAGCAAGCUGCUCAUUCCCCAGCCUGAUUGCCCGAGCCGUAUCCAGCGUGGAUGUGGUUGUGCGGCAGGCUAACGGCGCGUAAGCAGGGGGACUCCAUGGCUCUGUGGCAGUGAGAAGAGGAGGAAAGAAGGAGGAAAAAAAGGAGGAGGGGCUGUGGUGAGCUGGUGGGCUUCCUCUGCCUCACAGACACAUUUUAUUGACUUGCUAAUUGGAUGAGGCACUCGGAGGAGAGGAUGCAGUGACCGAGAGGAGCUGCUCUCCAGAGGAGGCAUACAUGCAGAAGAAAGCAUUGCUUGGGUUGUGGAAAUCGGGCUACUUUAUCCCUCUUUCUUUUUUUCUUUUUUUUUUUUUUUUUUUUUUAGCUUUUCUCGAGACAUAACAACAGAUGUUUUUUCAGCAUCUCUCAGUGACCCUCGCACUGUGCAUACAUAAUUUUAUGCAUGACAUUGUCGAUCGGAGGCUCCAGCUGCCAGACGCUUCGUGACAAGUGAAUGAUUUCCAUUUUGUUGUUCCCCUUUCACCUGUUUUCAUCUUCAGUUGGAGCUCUUUUCUGUCAGCCUUGUUUGAUGUGCCAUUUGAUAUGAAUGGUAAUCCGGCGGCAGGAUGAUUUCUUCGUCAGAUCAAAUGUGCACGAAGCCGUGAAUGGAUACUCUUCAGUGGGGAGAGAAAAAAAAGAAGUCUCAUCCUGGUUGCCAUGACCGAGGUGUGCAGGUCUUUUGAGGUCAGAGAGCAGGUGUCAUUGCACUGAGGUCUGCUGUCCCAAUGAGCAAAGCGGCCAACCCACAGAGACGCACCACCUACCUCAUAUCCCUCACUCUGGUGAAGGUUGAGGCUUUGCCAGAGGAUGUAGCAGGAAGCCAGACGGAGGCUCUUCCAGAGGGGGAAGGGAGCCCUAAGAAGGAGGAAGAGGAGGAGAAGGAGGAGCUGAACAUUACUCCUGACAGGGAGGAAGAACCUGUGUGUUUGGAAGUGGCAGAAAAAGAAAACACAGAAGUAAAAGAGGAAGUGGAACAGGUGCGGGUCAAGUAUGGCAGCCCUAGUGAGAACAGAGGGAAGCCUGAGAGGAGGGAUGGACACCAAAAAGACACUGUAUCGGUUGGUAAGAGCAAAGACGCUUCUUUUGAACACCCACCUGUCAAGCAAAUGGUUAAAGUAUACGGAGGAACUACCACAGAGGGAACUGCGCGCAGAGAGGGACCUCGCUCAGAUGCCUUGCGCCCUAAGACUGAGCUCUACCGGGAGCCCCCCAUGCUCUUCUUAAAGGGUGAAAAUGGAGCGGACUUGAGCGGUCGUUCACGUUGCAGCCUCCCCUUUUCUGUCCCAUCACAGGUCAGCCCACGUCCUGAAGUCUUGAUGAGAUCCCACGCAGGAGGUAACUCUGCAUGGAGGGAGUUCAGAGAGACCAACACAACAACCUUGUAUCACUCUGCAAAGACUUUGGACAGAAGGGAUAACCGCUUUGGGGACCAGUCCCCCUUAACAGCAGCUACAACCAUGGGGCCUUAUAGGGCGUCCUGGGCCGACAGCGAUGGCAGGGGGGCGCUCAUCCGUCCCGGAGCUCCCGUCAGUGGAGGAUAUUCAGGCAUAAUGACCCGGGACAGCCCUCAGGGGGAGAGAUUUAAGACAGUUUCCGUUUCCUUAUCCGCUACCGACAUGUCCAGGGCUCAGAGAAAGCCCACAAGUCGUACCCUGGACAACAGCGACCUACAUUGCCUCUCCGAGGACCUGAAGAAGGGAAAGGAGGGACAGGGAGGAACAAUCCACCGUGCUCCUCCUCCUCCCCCUCGUGAUCGUAAGAUGCUCAAGUUCAUUAGUGGGAUUUUUACCAAAAGUGCAGGCGUGCCAGCCGGCGUCAACACUCCACCUCCGCUGUAUCCACCUGUGGAGAGAGGUUCGAGUGAGGAGGAAGGUGGACAUCACGUCUCCAUGCCUCUCACACACGUCGCUGUAUCCAUGAGAGACCGUUUAUCGUAUAGAGACCCAGGCUUGGAUGGAGGCUUCUGGAAAAUGGAGUUGCCAUGGCAACAGCAAGCCGCGAGAGUUGUAUGCACCAGCAGUCAAGAAUGGACGAUGAGCCAAACUGUGCAAGAGCUACAUCUGGGUGUUUUGGGUGGUCUGUGCAGUGGGAAGUCUGCUCUGGUCCACAGACAUUUAACUGGAAGUUACCUCCCACUGGAGAACUCAGAAGGACGCCAGUAUAUUAAGGAUGUGCUAGUUGAUGGUCAGAGCCAUCUGCUGAUAAUCAGAGAAGAGACAGAACUCCCGGAUCCUCAGUUUGCAAGUUGGGUGGACGCAGUAAUCUUGGUCUUCAGUUUGGAAAAUGAGGCCAGCUUCCAGGAAGUUUACAAAAUCUAUCACCAGCUUGCAAUCCAUCGGCCCGUAACUGAGAUCGCUUUCAUAGUCGUCGGCACUCAGGAUAAGAUCAGCAGCACCAACCCCAGAGUGAUAGAUGAUGCCAGGGCCAGACAGCUCUGCUCAGACGUGCGGCGCUGCACUUACUAUGAAACCUGUGCGACGUACGGCCUCAAUGUGAACAGAGUCUUCACGGAUGCUGCUCAGAAGAUCAUGGCAGCUAAGAAACAAGCUGCCCUACUGGCUUCUUGUAAAUCUCUUCCCAAUUCUCCCAGCCACUCUGGAGGCUCCACCCCAGUCUCCGGUGUCUUUCCAGGACAGGCGAGUAACGGUGGGCAGAGCAGCGACUACUCGUCCUCACUUCCCUCCACUCCUGUGAUCAGUCACAAAGAGAUUGGCAGAACACUGAGAGGGGAGAAGCAGGACGGUACUACACCUGUCUUGGUCCGUAGCGUCCGAAGACGCACCACAAGAUUUGCGGGCCGGAGAGGCAGCGACUCAAACAGAAGGAGCGCAGACUUUAAGGGCGAUCUGGGCAGCGGGCGCUCCAUUCCCAUCAAACAGGGCAUCUUGCUGAAGCGCAGUGGGAACUCGCUCAACAAAGAGUGGAAGAAGAAGUAUGUGACAUUGUCCAAUGAUGGCAUACUGUCCUAUCACUCCAGUGUCAAUGACUACAUGCUGAAUGCCCCCGGGAAAGAGAUGGACCUGCUGCGAGUGACAGUGAAGGUGCCGGGAAAGCGGCCGCCUCGCGCCAUCCCUGCCUGCGCCCCCCCAGCUGGGCUUAACGGACGGGUCAAAGACGUUCAAGGAGCUGAGGUCCCAAUGAGUGCAAGCAGUCUCCUGCAAGUUGAGGAGAUGGAGGGGCUGGGUGGUGCCCUGUUCCUGAGGGGUAACAGAGGUGUGCAGCGAUGUCCUUCCACACUAUCUAACCACGCUCAAAGCAUUGACUCUGCAGUUGAGGGCAUCUCGAGCUCUUCCUCUACCAAAGACGUAGGUUCUGCCUCCCCUGUCACGGACAGAAAAAAGCAUCGCAGAAAGAAGAGCAUGAAUCAGAAAGGAGAUGCCACCGCCGGCCAAGCAGAUGCUAAGCGCAAAAUGUGGAAACUCAAAAGCUUUGGUAGCUUAAGAAACGUAAGCAAGACAGACGAGGAUAACUUUGACUUCCUCGUUGUGUCGAGCACUGGUCAGACGUGGCAUUUUGAAGCACAAAGUGUGGAAGAGAGGGACUCCUGGGUCCAAGCCAUCGAGAACCAGAUCCUGGCCAGCCUGCAGCUGUGUGAAAGCAGCAAAAACAAGGCUCGAAGGAACAGCCAGAGUGAUGCAGUGGCUCUGCAGGCGAUACGCAAUGCAAAGGGCAACAACUUCUGUGUGGACUGUGACGCUCCCAAUCCGACCUGGGCCAGUCUGAAUCUGGGCGCUCUCAUAUGCAUUGAGUGUUCCGGCAUCCACAGAAACCUGGGGACUCACCUGUCACGGGUUCGCUCUCUGGCGCUGGAUGAUUUGCCACGAGAGCUGACGCUGGUUCUCAGUGCUAUCGGCAACCACAUGGUCAACAGUAUAUGGGAGGCACGCACAAUGGGCCACCGUAAACCAGCACCCGAUGCUACACGAGAGGAGCGGGAAUCGUGGAUAAGAGCCAAAUACGAGCAGAAACUGUUUGUGGCGCCGUUGCCUCCUCCUACGAGCGAGGGCCCAGACAUCACUCUAUCUGGCCGUCUUCUGUUGGCAGUGAUGGAGCACAAUCUCCCCAAGCUGCUGCUACUUUUGGCCCACUGCACUAAGGAGGACAUUAAUGCCCCUCUCAGCCUGGCACGCUCCUCCCGGUCGCUCUUAGCUCUGCGGCUGCCCGCUUCCCCCCUGCACGCUGCCUGUCAGCAGGCUGAUGUGGUGAUGACGCAGCUUCUAAUUUGGUAUGGCUGCGAUGUUCGGUAUCGGGAUGCUCAAGGCCAGACAGCGUUGGCUCUGGCUCACAGCGCUGGCAGCCAAGAGUGUGUCGACAUCUUGCUCCAGCACGGAUGCCCGAACGAGCCGCCCCCAUCCGUCGCCGCGACAGUCGGUUUCGCAGCGGCAGCCACAUCCAGCUUCCCUGUUGCCAUGACACCAAGCCUGACGGUUGCCACGACACUCAAGAUCUCGCACAAGAGCGGCGGCACAAGCUUGAGUUACAGCACCUCCAGAAGAGCAGUGUCAUAACCGAAAUGUGGUGUGGCAUAAAGCCUGUGCGUCAGAGUGUGUUAGAGUAUAUGUUUGUGUGUGUGAGUUUGUCACUUUACCCUCAUAGUGUCAUUGCGCGUCCACACAGGCCAGCGGGACUGAUGGACAUGUUGCCAGAUGUUGCACUCGUAGAGCCAGAUGAGGUUCUAAAAGGUGUCUGUGUGUGUAUCAGGAGUGUAAACUGUGAAUCACACAGCCACAUGCAAUCUGCUUGAACGAUUUAACCAAAAAAAAAAAGGCAAAGUCUUCUCAUUACGCUUUACAAGUGACGGUAAGGUAAAAGGAAUACGACAUCCUCUGCCUCUGCAUUCAGGUUUAAAGGAAUGUAUUUAUCCUGUAUGGAGGACUGAAAGUGCCAAAAUAAAAAUAAGCGCAUAAAUGACAAAAUGUAUAUAGAUGAAAUACAAUUAAAAUUAUAUUAAAAUUAAUAUAAGCAAAGGUUAAUUUAUAAAAUGUGACAGGCUGAUAUAGCAUCUUCAGUUCUUCAAUGAUCUCCCUAGGCAGUUUUUUCUGUUGUCAGACUGGCAUUUAUUAACCAAUUGACAAAAAGCUGAUCCCACUUUAACUGAGGCAAUUGUAGAAAUAAAUACAAAAUAAGGGAAAUAUACAGAAAUAAAUAGAAGGGGGAUUAGGUUGCAAAGGGAAAAAAUGUAAAAUAAAUAAAAUUUAAAUUUAUUUAUUUAAAUGUAUUCUUACUUUUUUUUAUUUUGGCACUUAUAGUCCUCCAUAGUUAUAUCAGAUUGUAUGAUUCACGUUUCAGAAUGCAGUCAGUGUUCAACUUUAUUCUCCACUCCAUUAAAAAUGGCCUCAAAGAAGCUUAUCAGAGUAUCUCCAGGCCAGACGUAAAGAGCUGCAAUAAAUUUUAAGAUUUGAGGGGCAUCUUGAAUUUCUAGCAUUAAAGAUCGCAACAGUUUUUCAUUUGGACUGUGAAUGUGUGUUUAUGCUUAACACAGCUGCUAAUUCAGCUCAUAAACGAUGUGUAAGCCGACAUGAAAAAGGGAGGGCUGUUUUAGAGAUAAACAGAGUACGUGUAUAGAAAAGCAUUGAUAAAAUACUAUGAUUCUAAAAAAAAAAAAAAAACCCUAAUUUUCCAGAGUGUUAUUGUAUGAUUUGUACAGUUGGUUAUGUGUAUAAAAAUCCAAGGGUUACUCUGUUCAGAGAUUUACUGUACAGCGCCCCGGCCCAGUUAUUCUUUGAUAACCGCCUGAUUAACUCUUUGACAUCCAAAACGGGAGGUUUUUAUGUUACAUUUGUAUCGGUGUGUCUGACAUAAAUAAUGUAUAGGAUGUAUGCAUUAUGACUCCAGCAGUAGCUCAUUAUCAAGGCGAGUGUAAAACUAGAUGUGCAAAUGAACAAGUGAAAUGCCUUGAUUUUGGUCGAAUGUAGAGAAAAAAAACAGAUAAGUUAACUGUUUUAAAAUACUAACAUGUUUUUCCAGAUAAUGCAGUUUUUGGUGGACUGUCAGGGUGUUUUGUUUUUUAUUCCUGCUGUGUCUAAUAGAAAGGGAAAGUAGGGUUUGCCAGAUGCAGAUGUAGGCUCUCAUCUACAAAACCUGGAUUUUGAACGAUUCGAUAUUUGUAAACAUGCACCAGAGGAAUGUUCCCCGAUUUAAUAGCUUUUUUUAACGGCAUAAAAACAUCUCUCCUGCGGUACUGUACGUAUAAACUUGUGUUUAUCUGAAGGCUCAGCUGACUAUACAUGUCUGUGAUUUAAACAUCUUCUUCCAUUUGUAUUCCAUUUGUAUUUUUUUACUCAUGCAAUGAUUCACAGAGUAUUCAUUAUUAAUACACUAAGGCUACUGCCCAAGCUGUGGUGUUUUUGCUUAGAGUUGUGUGUGUGUGUGUGUGUGUGUGUGUGCAUGUGU